AUGUAUAAUACCAGUUUAUUUGAUAAUAUUACUGAGUUCUUAAAUAAAACAUCGUAUAAUUAUCAAGUCGGUGAUUUACUUGAACCAGAACGAUUUUCAGCUUUUCAUGUUCAUCUUAUUAUUUGGACAUUUUCUGUGUUAACCUAUUUACUAUGCAUUCCAUUAACAAUUCAUUUUUAUCGUACUCGAGCUUAUUUAAAUACAGUUGAUUAUUUUUCAUUACAAAUUUUCUUAUGCUGCUUUAUUGCAUGGAUACCGGCAUUCAUUCUACUUAUUCAUCAUUGGCUUCAAAAAUCGACGUUAAAAUUUUGUCGAUUUCAUUAUGUUUUAUUAUCAACAAAUGAAACUGUUCCAAUAUUGUUUGUUAUUUACAUGGUACUUGAUCGAUUUUUGUACGCUUAUCCUCAUUUGAAACAAAAAUGUUCAAAAUUAACGAGUAUUCAAGCAUUACACGUUUACGCUCUGUUCACAUGGCUACUUACAUUGAUGAUAUUCGCCUUGGCUAAUCCUUUUGUAACUCGUGAUUCAAUAAAAUCAUUACCAUUUAUCAAAGAAACACAGAAUUACUGUACAUAUAAUUAUCAAAAAUUAGAAAUGGUACAACGUGUACGUUCAAUUUUCUAUUUUAUUAUAUUUGUACCAACAAUAGUUCUUCUGGGUUUUGUACUGUAUUAUUUCUAUAUAUUGAGAGGAACAAAUCAAAUUCAAAAUAUACAAAAGCUGUGGACAAUUAGAGCGACAUCACUCUUGUUUACAAUUGUUCUUUUUGAUAUUUAUUUAUAUUAUUUAGUUAAUGUUAAUCAAACAUAUAAAAGAUUUAUUAUAUCACAAAUUUUUCGUUCAAGUUUUUUUCUUGUACAACUGUUGAUUAUUUCUGUUACUAAUCCACAUUGGUUGGAAUUGAUAUUAGACAAUUGUUCAUUGUGUUGCUUAAGAAGAAGAAAACGAAAUAUAAUUCCACCGACAAUUAGUAAUACGACGAACAAUAAUAUGACAGCACCAAGUAGUGGACAGGCAGUUAGCGGAGGACGAGGCGUGCAGUCACCGCCUUAUGCAUCGACUACCAGUCAUUAUUCACUUGUUGAUGAAGAUAUGGACGAUGAAUUCGAUCAAGCACAAGAUCAGCUACAUCCAACAUUAAGAGUUAUCUGA